AAUGGGGUGUUCAGCCCCAAAUCCUGUAUUGAGGAGCCCCAAACCGAGGCUGAGCCCUGCCCGGAGUCACUGGGAGCACUGGGAACACCGGGAAUGGCUACCCCGGUCUCAGCCGCGCCAGCCGCGGGCAGCCCCGGGCGGAGGGAGGCGAUUUCUCAUUCCAGCUCCAAUUCCUCUCCCGCACGAGGCGAUUUUUCUCUCCCUCCUUUCACGCCGUCACUCCAGCUGACAGCUACACUGUGUAGCUCAGCCCUGGACGGGAUUCGGUGCCACAUUCCCGCUCUCGUUCCUCUCAUUGGCUUCAUCAGCGUGGGACUGGGCAGUGCAGUGCUGUACCUGCUGCGCUUGGCACUGUACAGCCCCGAUGUCAGCUGGGACCGGAAGAACAAUCCUGAACCCUGGAACAAGCUGAGCCCCACAGACCAGUACAAAUUUCUGGCAGUUUCCACUGACUACAAGAACCUCAAGAAGGAGCGGCCCAGCUUCUGAGGCACCUGGAGGAGGAGCCCCCCACAGCCCCCCACCCCCACCGGAAACCCCCCCCAGCCC